UUUAUGUAGUACGAAAAAUUUUGUCACAUGACAGUAACAUGGCGGACAACGAAGAGGUGGAACUUCAGCUCCUCAAGAAAAUUGAAGUAAAAUCUGCCACAAAAUUGCUCCAUGGUUUAGUGGAUAACUUCUGUAAAAGAGGACAUCUACAUUAUUCUAACUACGAUCAGGUUUGGACACUACAGGAGUGGUGGGCCUUGACUGCAUCCUGGGAAAAUCUGAUUAAGGCAGUAGUCCGAGACUCGCUGAAUAAAGACCAGAUUCUACAGAGGUUGGAGAACCUUCCAGAAGAUUUCCGGUCGUUAAUUAUAGAUGUCCUGAAUGCCCGGCGGUCAGAUGUCCACCAACAGCUACUGACUGAUACAAACUCAAUCUCAAAGUCCACACUAAGAGACUUUGAUUGGCAAGUCAAACUAGCCAUGUCCAGUGACAAAUUGUCUUCUAUUCAUGAACCCCUGUUGAACCUUGACCUUGAUGUUCAGAGUGAGGCUGCAACAGAAAUCCACUCUCUGGAGCUGACCGGGGAGGACCUGAGGAACCUGAUCUCCAGCCUGGAGGGAGCAAACCGGGUUCUUCAACAGUGGAAAACAUGAGAAACAUAAUGCAUGACUGUCAUUUGAACCUGUGAUGUCAGGACACAUUAAUAAUACAAGAGGAUGUCUGAAGUGAUUGGACUCCAUUAUACGGCCUUAAUAGGGGUCAGGCACCUUAAUAAAGGUGCCUCACUCAUGUGUUAUUUAGUGCAAUAAAGAGUAUUUUAUAUUUUAUGGUUGUAAUACCAUUGUGA